AUGCCCCUCAUCGGCGAUCCAUCCCUUGCCAAUGUACUCUAUGGAGCAUCCGUCACCUUCAAUGCCCUCGCUGCUACCCAAACCGUCGCUGCCGCUGUACCGUCCGCGACGGCUGCUCAGCAAAGCGUGAAUAUGACCGAGGUUGUGCAACAACAAAAGCUGGAUCAAGCGGAGAUGAGUAGCUCAAUGCCCCGCAAUCUUUAUCUUGCAUUCCUCGGAUUACUCGCCUUGUGCAUGAUAACCUCCCAUCCUCGAUUCCUCGCUAGACUCUUCGCUUCUCUGUCAUCCUCUAAAAAAUCAAAUUCAAAGCCAAAUAACAACGACUUAGUUAAGAUAUACCCUUACACCAAAGAAGCUUUGGAAACGAUCAAGCCUCAACCCAAGAGAGAAGUGUCCGGAGGUGAUUUAUCGCAAGGAUGGUUGUUGAAGAAAGGUGAAAAUAGACGAAUCGAAAUUAGUUCACCAUUAUCUUCACCAGAUAAUGAUAGUUGUUCUAAGAAAGAUCCUUUCGCCUCUUCUACCUCUUUAGACGAGAAAGCUCUUUCACCCAUUGAUAUCUCAAUGCAAUCGUAUGAGUCGCCAGUACAUUAUCCACCUCCUCAUAUCAUCCCACUCCUCCAUCAUCUUCCUCUAUCAUCGUGGUUAUUGUUUACUCCCCUCGCAAAACUCCCAAGUCACCUCAAGUCGUAUCUCACCUUGCCUCAACUGUACCUGAUCAGUGGAUAUAUGAUUUUGAUCUGUUUCGCAUUGAUCUGGAAAUCAGACUUGUCCCCUACAUCGAAAGAUAAAGGAUACGGAGGAGAUUGGAUGAGAUCAGGUCUAGUAGCUACCGCUCAAGUUCCCCUUGUUAUCGCCUUGGGUGUUAGAGGGAAUAUCAUUGGAUUGUGCGUCGGAAAAGGAUACGAGAGGUUAAAGGUCUACCAUAAAAUCGUAGGAAGAGUUGUGUUUUUGGCUAGUACAAUUCAUGCGGCUGCUUAUAUGUACAAAUGGACCGUCGCUGGCAAAUUCUCCACCUAUGCCGCAAAACCCUUUGCCAUGUGGGGUAUCCUCUCCUACUUCGCCUUGGUCCUCAUCGUGAUCACCUCUCUUCCUUGGGUACGAAAGGCCUGUCACGGUGUCUUUGAGAUCUGCCAUUUCAUCGGACUUGUCGGAAUGAUCUUGGGUCUCGCUUUACACGUACCUGAAGCUGUCCCAUUCUGCAUCGCCGCCGGGGCAAUCUACGCCAUCUCCAUUUUCUGCUCUAUCACCAAAACUCGAGUUGCUCAUGCUGAACUUCAGGCCCUUCCCGGAGCUGGUAUAACCGUCAUCACCCUCCCGGCUCUUCGAACAGGUUGGAGAGCAGGUCAACACGUACGAAUCCGAGUCCCGGCUUUGGGUAUUAGGAAAGCUUUCGAAUCUCAUCCAUUCACUAUUGCAUCCGCACCCAAUGGCGAUGGUUUAGUACUCAUGUGCAAACGUGCUGGAGAUUGGACGGACAGGUUGUACGAACUUGCUCAACGAUCGUCGGACCUCGAAGAUCGUGCGGAAGGUGGACGAAAUAACGCUACUAUCAUUGUUGAGGGACCGUACGGAGGUCUUGGAAACACUCUCGCUCCUUCUUUCUCAUCGGUCGUUCUCGUCGCGGGAGGAUCAGGUAUCACGCAAUCUUUAUCUCUUGCUCAGGAUCUGGUGAGGCGUGCGCCGACUGGAGUGGUACGAGCUAGAACGAUCGACUUGAUUUGGAUGGUCCGAACGGAAGAUAUCGCCAAACCGCUCAUGUCGACUUUACUUGAUUUGGUGAAUGAAGCUAAACAAUGGGAAAUACAAUGCAUCGAAGGACGUCGAAAAGGUCACAAGAGACCUAAUCCUACUGCUUUGAGAGUUAAGAUCUUUGUUACUCGAUGCCCUGCUAGUUCACCUCUUAACCUGUUGCCUGACGAUUGGAUAGUCAGCGAACUUGCUACUACACUCAAGAGACAACCUUCAGCAGCGGAUAAAGAGAAGUAUCAAUAUUUGUGUAGAAAUCCUUCGACUUCAUCUACUUCCACUAUGUCUUCGAUAUCUUCGAUGAAGAAUAAUACUCCGCUCUCAACUAUCUCGGUCAACCCGAUCAGACCGAAUUUCAGUAUAUUUUUGGACUCCCUCACGGAUGAGAUCAUCUCUAGAUACGGUAGGAUGAUGGUUGACCCUUCAGGAGUGCUGGUCACUGCCUGUGGACCUGAGAGCUUGAUCGAAGGUGUUAGAACUGCAGUGAGGACAUUGGAGGAAUAUAAAGUAAGGGGUUGUGGAGGCGUGGAAUUUGAAGAUGAACAUUUCGGUUUUUGA